AAGUGACUGUACACAAAAAUCACCUCCUUGUAAAUUUUUUUUUUGCAGAGGUGUGAGAUGAUGUGAUAGUGUGCGAUGGCAGCCCCAUCGGAAUCUGCAGCAUCCGGCAACACCGAAGAGGACUGGCAAAUCUACGAGGUUCUGUGCAAAGACACUGAAGUCAAGAUGGAAGAACCUGACGUGGACGUAACAACCGCCCUUAGAAGCGAACUAGCAGCCCUCCAGUACAAGAGAGACCGUCUCUCGUCCGAUCUGGAAGAGAUGAGGAGCCAACUCAGAUCCAGAGAGCAAAGAUGCCUGGACUUGCAGGUGGAGGCGGACCAAUUGCGAGAACAAUCCGCUCGACAAAACUCCAUCAUAUCGUCCUUAAAGAAACGCAUACACGAACUGGAACAAAGAGAAAGAGAUCUGAUUGGUGCACAGGGUCGUAACGAAAUAGCCCUUCAAAACGCCCACAGGGAUGCCAGGUAUCAAGAGGAGAAGGCGAAGGAACUUGAGGUCAAAGUUAGGAACUUGGAACUGGAUCUUAAUGCUCAGGAGCAGAAGAAGGAGUCGGCCCGGUUGCAACUGCAGGACUUCGUCAGAAGACUUUCAGUUGCUUUGGGAUCCGACAUUAUUGAUACCUCGCACGUGUCGCCCGAAACAUUGGUUCACAAAGCGACCGAAUUGGUUCAAGAAACAUCCCGACUACGUAAUCGCACCCACAACAUCAGCGACACGCUCGGCACCACUGAGAUGGAGCUACGCAGCUGCAGGGAGAACCUGGACCGCGCCAUGGCCGACAAGGAGUGCCUCCAGAGGCAGUCGGCCGCCCAGAUAUUGGAAAUCGACCGGCUGCGACAGGAGAAGGACUCCGUCGAGAUGCAGCAUCGCGUAAUGGAGCGUGAGCUGAACGAAAUCAAGGAGAAACUAGCCGUUUCGAACAGGAGCCUGGGAUCGGCCAGCGGCAAUAUUGCGCAGCAGGAGUCCACCAUUUGCCAAAUAAGAGAGGAGCUGAAACUGCGCGAGGACAAGUUACAGAGGCUUCAGGCCGAACAUCGACAUUCUCUCGAAUCUAUCGCCAUCCUACUUAGCACCCCUUCCAGAUUUGUCGAGUCCAUCGAAACUGCCAUUAAAGAUAGAAUACACGAACUAGUAACCGAUAACAAAGACAAACAUGCGCAAGUGGAGUCGCUGCGAGAGAAGCUGAGCCACGAGAGCACUCAAUUGUCUCGACAGAUUUCCCUGUACGAACAGGCGAAUACCCGCAUCCGUGCACUGGAGGAUGAGAAGAACCACUUGGAAAGUCGACUGCACAAAGCGGACACGGAGAUUAAUGCCUGCGAAAUGUCCAGGGAGGGACUCAAACGGGACAAAUCCACCUUUAUGAACUUUUUGGAGCGUUUGGCGCGGGCGUUGAACAUGGACGAAAUUUCCCAUGACAUCGGGGUGGAUUUGCACACCGAAUCCUUGCUGCUACGAGCCGAACAGCUGGCCAGAUUGGAAAGUGACAAACUGGUGGAUAAGCUGCUUUGUUGUGGAUACGGAACGUUGCCGAGACUUAUAAGACGUGAAAGAUCUUUUCACGACAUACCGUUACGUGAUACUGCCUUGGUUUAUCAGCUUCAAAGACGUGUCAGAAAUCUACGUGAACAAGUCCAAAGAAAAGAUUUGCAUUUGGAUUUACUUAGAAGGAAAUUGUCUCUUCAAGAGGAUAACACCAAAACUAAGUGUCUUUUGCAAAAUGAAAGGGACGAAGCUAAUUUGCGCGUUAAAAAGCUUGUCAAACAAGUGGAUAGACUCCAGCUUCAACUAACAGAAGCCAAGUCUCAACUCAGAGACGUGAACAGCCAACUAGCUGAAGCUGCAGACUAUAAAAUAACCGCCCUAGAACGAGGAAGAAAAGUGGAGGAGCUACAGAAACGCCUCAUCGAAUCAGAAACCCUUAGAACCAAGUACAACAGAAAAGUGACAAUUCUAAAAGACCAAGUCAGAGCAACGGGCGAAACGAUCGAACAAGAACGCAACAUCAACGAACACUCCGUCCAGCUACUCAGAGACGAACUGGCUAGAGUCAAAGACUCGUUAUCCGAAGUGCAGCGACGGGAAGCCCAGUUGCAGAGCUUCAAGCACUCGGUGGCCAAAAUACUGGGUGUCGUUCUGCCGAUGCCGGACUACGAGUUGGUGUCGAGGUUGCAGAAAUUGGUGGACGCACAUCACGAUUUCACUUUGGUGUCGCGUCGGUACGACGAUCCCGUUUUGAGAUUGGCCACCAGAAGUCCGACGGCCGGGAGUAGGUGCACCAGAACUCCAGAUCGGUCCAGAUACGACGAUUCCGGUUACACUGAUGCUGCCGAUUUGGAUGACAUUUAAUGUGUUCAAUUGUCUUCGUAAGUUUAAGGACUACACUUUUUUUGAAUCAUGAUAUAUAUUCAAUUUUUUAUUAAUGCGCACGUUGUGUAUGUUCUAGAUGUUGUUAUUUGUUAUGUAGUGUUAAUGAAUAAAUAAAAACUUACAAAUUUA